CUAAAUCUUCUCACAAUGGCUACCACUCUCCCUCCUCCUCUUCAACCUUGACUGGCUCCACCGUUUUGUAAAUAACAACUAAAAGGACAGGAUGGCCUCCUCCCCGACAACCCGCCACCGUCUGGGCCUCCUGUCUUCCCCCUUUCUCGUCUUCUUCGUCCUCUUCCACUACCACCUCCCAGCCGCGAAAGGUAUACGCUUGGCCGGCAUCAUCCGGAAGCCCUCUCCGGAUGUUGCCAACAUAUUCCGAGAGGCCCCGGCCUUUCGGAAUGGCGACUCCUGCAGCGGCGAGGAGAGGAUCCACAUUGCCAUGACGUUGGACUCUAACUACUUGCGGGGCACGAUGGCCGCCGUGCUUUCCAUCCUCCAGCACUCCACAUGCCCGGAGAUGGUCGAGUUCCACUUCCUGUGGGCCCGGUUCGAGCCCGACGUACUCUCCAACAUCAAUGCCACCUUCCCCUAUCUCAAAUUCAACGUUUACCGAUUCGAUUCCAGCAAGGUACGUGGCAAGAUAUCGAAGUCCGUACGCCAAGCCCUAGACCAGCCCUUGAACUACGCGAGAAUAUACCUUGCUGACAUCAUCCCAUCGGACGUGAAGAGGGUUUUGUACCUGGACUCGGACCUCGUGGUGGUCGAUGACGUGGCGAAGCUAUGGAAGGUUGACUUGCAAGGCAAGGUAUUGGCUGCACCGGAGUACUGUCACGCGAAUUUCACACAAUACUUUACCGACGUGUUUUGGUCCGACCGGGAACUUUCGAAAACGUUUGGGGGCCGAAAUCCUUGCUAUUUCAAUACAGGGGUGAUGGUGGUGGAUGUGGACAGGUGGAGACAAGGUGGCUACACUAAGAAAAUGGAGGAGUGGAUGACGGUGCAGAAGCAGAAGAGGAUUUACCACUUGGGGUCUCUGCCACCUUUUUUGUUGGUUUUGGCGGGAGAUAUUAGGGCUGUGGAUCACAGGUGGAACCAACACGGGCUUGGCGGCGACAAUCUUGAAGGAAAAUGUAGGAGUUUGCAUCCUGGUCCUAUUAGCUUGCUUCAUUGGAGUGGGAAGGGAAAACCCUGGUUGAGGUUAGAUUCAAGAAAGCCUUGCACCGUGGAUCAUCUCUGGGCUCCGUACGAUCUCUACCGUUCGUCUGCGCAUUAUUUCGAAGAAUGAUGAGACCAAGAAAGAGCCAAACAAAAAGGAUACUGACGAGUGGAGCUAAUUUGAUCAGUUGGAUCAAAAUGAGGCAAUGGGGAUAAGGGAGUUUGAAAUAGUUUAAUUGAAAAGAGGAAGAAGGUGAAAAUGGUUAAUGGGUAUGUGCCUUUACCUUUUUAUUAAUUUCUUUAGCUUUUCUUCUUUAAUUGGAUCGAUUAAAUUGUAGAGGGGAGAAAACAAAAAAAUGGGUGGGAAAUAAUAUUUUGGUUUGGCUUGAAGAUGGUUAACUAGAUGCAGGGUUUAAUUCUUUGUUCCACAAGCUAGGGUGCUAAUUAAGAAGAAAGGACUAAUUUGUACUGUUGUUAAUGGUUAUGGGCAUAUAUACUUUAGAGGAGUCUUUUAGUGGCAUAGUUUACACAAGGAGGAAGAGACUAAUAUUA